GCCAGCGGAGAGGAGACUGCGGUCGAGCGGUGGCGAAUAUGCGCUUUUGACAUAUUGGAGGCUUUCUUGAUCAUGGAUGGUGAAGAUAUACCAGAUUUUUCAAGUUUAAAGGAGGAAACUGCUUAUUGGAAGGAACUUUCCUUGAAGUAUAAACAAAGCUUCCAGGAAGCUCGGGAUGAGCUAGUUGAAUUCCAGGAAGGAAGCAGAGAAUUAGAAGCAGAGUUGGAGGCACAGUUAGUACAGGCUGAACAAAGAAAUAGAGACUUGCAAGCUGAUAACCAAAGACUGAAGUAUGAAGUGGAAGCAUUAAAGGAGAAACUGGAGCAUCAGUAUGCACAGAGCUACAAGCAGGUCUCAGUAUUAGAAGAUGAUCUAAGUCAGACCCGGGCCAUUAAGGAGCAGCUACAUAAGUACGUGAGGGAGCUGGAGCAGGCCAACGACGACCUGGAGCGGGCAAAGCGGGCAACAAUAGUUUCGCUGGAAGACUUUGAACAAAGGCUAAAUCAAGCCAUUGAACGAAAUGCAUUUUUAGAAAGUGAACUUGAUGAAAAGGAAUCUUUGUUGGUCUCUGUACAGAGGUUAAAGGAUGAAGCAAGAGAUUUAAGACAAGAACUAGCUGUUCGGGAGAGACAGCAGGAAGUAACGAGAAAGUCGGCUCCCAGUUCUCCAACUCUAGACUGUGAAAAGAUGGAUUCUGCUGUCCAAGCAUCACUUUCUUUGCCAGCUACUCCUGUUGGCAAAGGAACAGAGAACAGCUUUCCUUCACCAAAAGCUAUACCAAACGGCUUUGGUACCAGUCCACUGACUCCUUCAGCUAGGAUAUCAGCACUAAACAUCGUGGGGGACCUCUUACGGAAAGUAGGGGCUUUAGAAUCCAAAUUAGCAGCUUGCAGGAAUUUUGCAAAGGACCAAGCAUCACGAAAAUCCUAUAUUUCAGGGAAUGUUAACUGUGGGGUGAUGAAUAGCAACGGCACGAAGUUCUCUCGAUCAGGGCACACGUCUUUCUUCGACAAAGGGGCAGUAAACGGCUUUGACCCGGCUUCUCCUCCUCCCGGUCUGGGCUCCUCGCGCCCGUCGUCGGCACCGGGUAUGCUGCCUCUCAGCGUGUGAGUGCCUGGCCUCCAGGUCGGGGCUCCCGCCCUCCUGCAACAACCCAGGACACCCACGCCUCACCCCUCGGUGCCCGGGCCCAGCUCGUGCCCCUCCGUCUGCCUCCCCACGGCUGGCAGAGGGCAGGCUGCAUGCAGUGGCGGCUGCUGGGCCCUGCCCAGCCCCAGGACUCUGCGCGACAUCAAUACUGGCUAUUUUCUCUUCUCGCCGUAGUGCCGUUGGUUUCACAUGAUUGCACUUUUGUGGGUCACAAGGUGAUACAUACACGUAUUACUUGGUCACUGGAUGCAGAAGUACCCAUUCAUCACACCUGCCUCAUAGCCCCCUCCCUGCUGUACUGAUAGGAUUUAGUUAUGUUUAGGACAUUGCAGAUCUUCUAGAGGUUCUCCCCCAAAUCAGGUCGACGUGUGCUCUCCUCCUGAGCUCCCACCCAAGCAUCUCCAGUGCUCAUGGAUCAUGUGUCCCCCACCUCCACCCCCACGGUUUGGGCCUGUUGCUGGCAAAGAGUCAGGAAGGUCACUGAAUUAGGGAACAUUUUCUGCACCUUCUGGUUUUACUUUAGCAGUUAUCAUUCCAUAGACUAGCCUCCCAGAGCAGCAAAAUGCCUGUCUGAGCCCAGGUGGCAGGAGCUUCUGGGACCUGGGCACGUGCAGGGCUGUGCCCCUGCCGUCUCCUCCUCCUCCAUGUGCCUGAGACUCGGGGCAGGGGGUGGUGGCAACCUCCUCGCCAGCUCUCUGGUCCUUUAGUUAAAUGACACCUUCAGAGUGUUUUUGUUUUGUUUUCAGAGGGCCUGUCCGGUUGUGUUAGGAAGGGUUGAGUGGCCUGAUUCCAGGGGCUGGCUGGUGCCAGCCCCUGGGGGCAGACUGACCAUAAGUGGUUGUCCCUGUGCAUCCUUUGAUUACUCUCAUGCUGCAUUUACUGUUUACAUUUGUUUUAUUGUACAUAGGUUUGUAAACAUUAUUGCCUAAGAUAUUUGUAUAUAACUUGGGCUUUGUAGCUUUUAUUUAUUCAGAACUCAUAUGGCAUGUUAAAGACUUAUGAUGGUGUCCUACUCUGGGCAGCUGUGUAGGAUCAUCACGUGGUUAAAAAAAAAUACUCCCCCUCAAAAAAAUCUUUUAAUGUGGAAACAAUAAAUUUCACAGAAAAAAAAGAAAAAGGAUUGAGGUUGCUUUAUUGGGUUUCUGCCAUCCUGGGAGAGAAGAGCUGGAGUUGCAAAGCCAGGUUCAAAUGUCACUUCUGUUGUGACAUGGGACACGGGGAUGUGGACAGCAGCUGUGGAAUAGGGCAAAGAAAAUUCAGGCGGCCUCAGGAUGUGUGAACAGGCAUUCUCAUGCUGACUGUUUUUUAUUUAUUUUUUUAAAAAUUGAAGUAUAGUUGAUGUCCAGUUUUACACAAGUUACAGGUAUACAAUAUAGCGAUUCACAAUUUUUAAAGGUUAUAUCCCAUUAAUAGUUAUACAGAGUACCGGCUGUGUUCCCUGUGUCGUACAGUACAUCCCUGUGGCUUAUGUGUUCCUCAUGCUGGUUCUUGAUGCUGGUUUGUGCUCCUAGCUGUGAUUUCCAGGAGAGCCUGAGAAUAGCCCUGGCCCCGUGUGGGAAUCUGGGAGGAGGGACCGGCACUUUGAGGGAGGCAGCUUGCUAAGUCUUGGAGUAACCGCGGUGGAUCCAGGAGGUGGUCCUCCUGCUGGGCUGCUGUUCAUGACAUGUGCUGGUGUUCUGGGAUUAGAGGUUACUUGGAUCUGGGCUUCUCUUCUCAUCCCUUGAGAGAAGGUGCCAGAUGUUUAGUAGCAAGAGACAGGGUGACUGGACUUGAGGAGCGAGUUAACUGGGGCAUCUGUACUAAUGUGUCAGAUUCUGAGCACUGCUUAUAACAAAGAGCAUAAACGGAGUAGUUUGUAGUUUGAAGACUGUAUGUAAAUGAAAAGUAAGUGAAUCCAGUUCCUAAGUGAAUAAGAAACAUUAAGGUAGGAUACAUUAAACAUUUUUUCUUCUGUCAGUAUGCAGGCAGGAAUAGCUUCUAUUAGUUGUUCCUGGAGAUUUCAUCAUAAGUUGACUCACGAGAGACGCUUGUCCUGGUGUGUCUGUGCUGUGCCCAGCUCUGCUGGCCGAACAGUUGAAAAGAAAACUCCAGGUCUCUUACUGAUGGGCAGACUCCCAGCUUCUUUCCCAGCCAUCAUUGGAAGGGUUGGAUUAGAUCAGAGGUUUCAACGUUUAGCAGACCUCUUUGUUUAUGCAGGAACCCCAAAUCUAAAACAUAACAAACAGAGCUACUCUGGUUAAAGUAAGGAUGAGUUCUGGAGCUUCAAUCCUUUUCCUUGGCUCCCCAGCGAUUUCUCACUUCCUCUCCAGCUGCACACCCCUGGGAUCAUCUCACCAGUUGUUAUUCAGGCAGUGGCUGGGAGUAGGGCCCUGGCUGCAGGGGCCCACGUGUUAUUCACUGAUGUCUCACCACUGCUUUGGGUCCAGGAGAGCACAGGCCAGGUCCGUGAAAGUACGGAGUGUGCUGCUAGGCUUAUUUCUGGCCCCUUCAGGACUCCCACAUAGUUUUGGUUUUUGAUAGCUGCAGCAGCCCUUGGCAUAUGACCCCCUGAGGAAGCUGGUUGAUUCCCCAAGCCUCUUUUAGCUUUCUCCGUGGAUUCCAGAUCUUCCUCCACUUACAGUGGGAUUACGUCCCAGUAAACCCACUCAUUGUAAAUUGAAAAUGCGUUUAAUACACUUAACCUACUGAACAUCAUAGCUUAGUCUCGCCUACCUUAAACAUGCUCAGAACGCUUAGCCAACAGUUGGGCAAAAUCAUCUAACACAAAGCCUAUUUGAUAAUUAAGUGUUGACUAUCUCAUCUAAUUGAUUGAAUAGUGUACUGAAAGUGAAAAACCAAACGGUUGUCUGGGUGCAGAAUGGUUGUAACUGUAUUGGUUGUCGACUCUCGUGAUUGUGUGGCUGACCGGGAACUGCCCUGUCCAGCAUUGUGAGAGAGGAUUGGGCUGCAUAUUGUUAGCCUGGGAGAAGAUUAAAAUCUAAAAUUCAAAGCAUGGUUUCUGUUGAGUGUAUCGCUUUUGCAUCAUGCUAGAAUCAAAAAAAAUCUUAAACCAUUGUAAGUCAGUGACCCUCUGUAUCUGG